CGGCCCGGGCGGCGGGCGGCGGCGCCCAGGGACGCCGGGGGCCCGCUCGCGCCCGCCGUCGCCUCCGCCGCUCGGUUACCUCGAUCCUCCCGUCUCUGUCGCUUCCCACUUCCCUCACUCCUUAAUCUGGAUGGGAAGUUGGGGAAAAUGGACAGGGUCGUGCUGGCGUGGGUUGCUCUCUUCUGGCUAACAGCCAUAGCUGGAGGCCUUCAGGUCACAGUGCCCGACAAGAAGAAGGUGGCCAUGCUCUUCCAGCCCACUGUGCUUCGCUGCCACUUCUCCACGUCUUCACAUCAGCCUGCAGUCGUGCAGUGGAAAUUCAAGUCCUACUGCCAGGAUCGCAUGGGGGAAUCCUUGGGCAUGUCCUCUCCCCGGGCCCAAUCUCUCAGCAAAAGAAACCUGGAAUGGGACCCCUACUUGGAUUGUUUAGACAGUAGGAGGACUGUUCGAGUGGUAGCUUCCAAACAGGGCUCAACCGUGACCCUGGGAGAUUUCUACAGGGGCAGAGAGAUCACAAUUGUUCAUGAUGCAGAUCUUCAAAUUGGAAAACUCAUGUGGGGAGACAGCGGACUCUAUUACUGUAUCAUCACCACCCCUGAUGACCUGGAGGGCAAGAACGAGGACUCGGUGGAACUGCUGGUGUUGGGCAGGACAGGGCUGCUUGCUGAUCUCUUGCCCAGUUUUGCUGUGGAGAUUAUGCCAGAGUGGGUGUUUGUUGGCCUGGUGAUCCUGGGAGUCUUCCUCUUCUUCGUCCUGGUGGGGAUCUGCUGGUGCCAGUGCUGCCCUCACAGCUGCUGUUGCUACAUCCGCUGCCCCUGUUGCCCAGAUUCCUGCUGCUGCCCGCAGGCCUUGUAUGAAGCAGGGAAAGCAGCAAAGGCCGGGUACCCUCCCUCUGUCUCCGGUGUCCCCGGCCCUUACUCCAUCCCCUCUGUCCCCUUGGGAGGAGCCCCCGCAUCUGGCGUGCUGAUGGACAAGCCGCAUCCACCUCCCCUGGCACCAAGUGACUCCACUGGAGGAAGCCACAGUGUUCGCAAAGGUUACCGGAUCCAAGCUGACAAAGAGAGAGACUCCAUGAAGGUCCUAUACUAUGUCGAGAAGGAGCUGGCUCAGUUUGAUCCAGCCAGAAGGAUGAGAGGCAGAUAUAACAACACCAUCUCGGAACUCAGCUCCCUGCAUGAGGAAGACAGCAGUUUCCGCCAGUCUUACCAUCAGAUGCGAAGCAAACAGUUCCCUGUGUCUGGGGACUUGGAGAGCAAUCCUGACUACUGGUCAGGCGUCAUGCGAGGCAGCAGCGGGGCAAGCCGGGGGCCCUCGGCCAUGGAGUAUAACAAAGAGGAUCUGGAGAGCUUCAGGCACAGCCAGCAGCGCUCCAAAUCCGAGAUGCUGUCGCGGAAGAACUUCGCCACCGGGGUACCGGCCGUCUCCAUGGACGAGCUGGCGGCCUUCGCUGACUCCUACGGCCCGCGGUCCCGCAGGGCGGACGGCAACAACCAUGAGGCCCGGGGCGGGAGCCGCUUCGAGCGCUCAGAGGCGCGGGCGCACGGGGGCUUCUACCAGGACGGCUCGCUGGAGGAGUACUACGGACAGCGGAGCCGCAGCCGGGAGCCCCUGACCGACGCGGACCGCGGCUGGUCCUACAGCCCCCCGCGCCGGCGGCCGCCCGACGACGCACACCUGCCCCGCCUGGUGAGCCGCACGCCGGGCGCCGCGCCCAAGUACGACCACUCGUUCCGGGGCGCCGGGGUGGAGCGGCAGGCGCUGCCCGAGGGCGCCAGCCGCGGCGGCAGCCUCGAGACGCCGUCCAAGCUGAGCGCGCAGCUCGGCCCGCGCAGCGCCUCCUACUACGCCUGGUCGCCGCCGUCCACCUACAAGGAGGGAACGCCGCAGGGCGAAGAGGAGGACGCGCCCGACGACGCGCUGCCUCCCUACAGCGAGCUCGAGCUCAGCCGGGGCCCGUCCUACCGCGGCCGUGACCUGCCCUACCACAGCAACUCGGAGAAGAAGAGGAAGAAGGAACCCGCCAAGAAGACGAGUGACUUUCCAACCAGGAUGUCCCUUGUGGUCUGAUGUUUGUUUUCAAGACAACUCUCUGGAUGACUAGAAAUCAGAAGCAGAAAACGGGAACAAGACACAAAUCCAAGAAGCAGCAGGCCCGGGACCUUCUCUGGCCACCACCUUGGAAGAUUUGCUGAUCUUUGCUUUGGCAAGGGAUGGGGGGCAGCCUUUAAGGGAGGCUGAUUCCAAACCUCAGUGCCCAUCUAACUAGUUUGAGAAGCUCAUCAAGAAAACAACUACGUGUGAGCACAUUCCCACACAUGGAGUUUCUCACCCACAGAUUCAUCCUGCCCAAUCUCCUUCCUUAGCCAAACCAGGACUCCUUUUCCAAUUCUGAAAGGGAGUUAGCUCUGGACUGCUAACUUUCAGAUAAUGCCUAUGCCGACAGUCUGCUUUUCUAUACCUCCUGUGCUGUGCUUAGAGACAGAAUUGAUUACUACUAUUAGAAGGGAUUCACUGACAGCGGAAGAUAGCUUCAGACAAAAUAUACCUUUUAGCCCCAUUACCUCCCAGUCACUAGUCAUUGACUGUUGUUACACUGAAAUCAGGCCUGUGGUGAGCUCAGUGACAGUGACCUGUGGGACAGUCACAGAAAUGACUUCAGUGUACUGUUCUGAAUGACAGUUCUUGAGUGGCUGGAACAAAGCAAGAGCUGUCAAAGUGGUAUUUCUUCUUCCAUCCUGUGAACAUAAACUGCUUUUUCUCUUUUGGCACAGCGACGUCUGAGUCUUGGACAUCAAGGGCUCUCCCUGUCCUCCCCUCUCCUGGACUCUCCACAGGUUGGUGCCACACGCAGAGCCCUGCCUCCAUCUGCACUCUGAUUAGGUUGUCAUCAGGUGCCUUUUGAUAAAUGAUUAAAAUAUACACAUGAAAGAGAAGAGGGAGAAAAAGAGGAGAAGACAGUAAUGCAAAAUAGAGAAGAAUGAGAAGGAAUCUAAGAAGAAAAGAAUAUAUUGUCUCAUUAUAAUUUGAAUAUGGGCCAUUUCCCCCACAGACUCCACUGGAUCUUCUGUGUGUUUUAUACUUCGUUUAUCAUGAGUUGUUCCUGCCAUCCCAGCUUCGUCAUUCCAGGACACCUGAGUGUGGAACAGGCAUCCCUGGGCCUCACCAGGCUGCCACUCUAGAUGCUCUUGGGAGAUGAGAGAUAUUACUUUCUCAGGAAGGAGCACUUCCUAUUCCCACCCUUGCCUAAAUGAUAGAUUUUGCCUAAAUCCCAAAGCUAGAUCUCUCUGGAUUUUCUAAUUUGUAUAGAGUGUGAAAAAUGGCCACUCUUCCCUUCUCAUCAAGAGGUGCAGUCUGUUUCUCAACCCCUUGAAUCUGGGACCGGCCAUGUGAUUUGAUUUGGCCAGUGGCCCAAUAACAGAUGUGACACAAACAGAGACUUGACAAGUUCUUGUGCAUGGGGCUUGUCCUCUCUUGCUGCUCUUGGGAAACUUGCAGUCACCACCAGGUGAAUGAGCCUGGGCUAGCGUGCUGCAUGAUGAGAGAAAGGGGCCCAGUUACCCCCAUCACCCUAACUGGCAGCCUAUCAACUCUCAACUGAUUGCAAACACACGAGGGAGCCCAGCCAAGACCAACAGAAGAACUGCCUACCUGAGCCCAGCCCAAAUUGCUGAUUCCUACUCAAGGCAUGAGAAGUUGGUGCACUCUUUAAAUGUUCAUUUCUCUUCAAGGAAAAACUGGGUUUUUCUUCUUGUCUGAAUGUUUAGCCCUAAAACCCUGACUCCAUCUAACCUUAGGGAUCUCUCAGUCUCCACUUUCUUUGACAGACUUUUGUCAAAGCUUUUCGUUCCACACUGUUAUGGUGGGAUACAUGGUUGGGUCAAAUCACUGGGGGACAAUGAUGCUUGGCGCUAUCCCUCUACUCCCAGCAGUGGUCCAUCCUCUAUCUAUGGAUCCAUGGACAACCUCUGAAAAAGGCUUCUUCUUCAGCAUCUCCUUGCUCUCUCCAGAACCGUCUGACUGGAGCUAGGCCCUUUUCUCAGAGUACCAUUCCUCUGGUAUCCAUUUAAUUCAUGGCAUUUCCAAACCAGUCCUAUGUGUGCAAUGAAAUAAAGAAGUGGCUAGGUGAGGGUCAGAAGGAUGAGUUGAUAUCAUUGCCUGGGGGAGAACUGGCCUGCCAAAGGACUUCACAGUGGCCUUGGCCUGUGUGAGUGGAACCAGGAGAACAGUUCAGCCCAGUGCUGGCACUUCCAAGGGCUGGAAGACACAAGCCAUAACCCUGGUGCUGAGUUUUAGACUUGCUGGUGUCCCUGGCCUCUGAAAGCUUUAGGUCUAGUCUGUCUUUUUGGGCCCCGAUUCCGAUGGUAAAGAUGAUUAAAACAUCAUUUCUUAGUCACCAGCUUUGGAUUUCCACUUGCUCAGGCCAUUUUAGAGAAUCUUGGGUAGCUGCAGUAGCUAUUAUCUCAUUAUACUGAGCACUGUGUCAGGCUAUUCACCACCAAAGAGCCCCAUAGCACCAGCUGCAGAGACCAAAAAUACUGCUUUUAUUAGUCAGGGGCAUGUAUGAUUUUGGUGAAGGUUGAAGGGAGCCAUGGGAAAGAAUUAUUAAAAUUGGAAACCUGCAGUCCCCAAACAACAGAACUACAGACAGACAAUAAAAAAUACAAAGAUGAUAACAGGCUACUGAAAUAACCUGGGGAGAUGGGACCAGGUUGUCCUCCGAAGGGCUGCAUAAAUCACUCGGACCUCCAGGCCUCCAGUCAAGAGAGAAAACAGUCAUUUCUGGGUAUGUGGACAGGAGAUAAGGUUGACUGGACAAGUAAAGGCAAAGCUGGCCAUCCUCGGCACCCCAGCUUUUCUCAACACAUCCUUCUGUUUCUUCUCCCCUAAGUAGCCUGUCCUGCAUAGGAAGUGCUUAUACAUGUGAGCUUCCUUCCUAGGUGUUACUGGGGGUACAAGAUAAGACUUGGUCUCCGUCCAUGGGGACCCUGCCAUUGAAUAGGGGGAAUAAGACAUGCCCAAGAAAGAACUGGGAGAUUUUAUGCAUAUAAUAUGAAAUAUUGCUAUGGAUAAAUUACAACAAACCCAGAGAAUUAAAGGUUU